AUGUAUUUGCUACCAAUUGUACUGUUUUCUCUGGUGGGCUUGCCUGCCUCCCGCACCGAAUAUCUUGACAUCUGUAUUGCCAAACCCAAAGACAUCCCUUUGAAUCCUAUGUGCAUCUAUCGGAAGGAAGUGUCAGAAGUAGAGGAGAAGCAGAAGGAAGACUCUCCUCCAGAGAAGAUUCCUGAAGGUACCAAUCCUCGAGUCUGGGAACUUUCCAAAGCAAACGCCAGGUUUGCCAUAGACUUUUUCAAAGUCCUGGCUGACUCCAAGACCAACUCUGACAACCUUUUUAUAUCACCUCUUAGUAUCUCCCAGGCUUUUACCAUGGCCAAGCUUGGGUCAUGUGACAACACAUUAAAGGAGCUUAUGCAGGUCUUCCACUUUGACCAAGUUUCUACCAAGUCUUCUGAUCAAAUCCACUUCUUCUUUGCAAAAUUGAAUUGUCGAUUAUAUAGGAAAGCCAACAAAUCAUCAGAACUGAUCUCAGCUAACCGUCUCUUUGGGGAAAAGUCACUGACGUUCAAUGAAACGUAUCAAGAGAUUAGUGAGGCGGUGUAUGGAGCCAAGCUGUGGCCUCUAAACUUUAAGGAGAAACCUGGACAGUCACGGGAAACCAUCAAUAACUGGGUGGCCAAUAAAACGGAGAAGCGAAUCACUGAUGUCAUCCCAGAAGGAGCCAUCACAGCAGACACAAUCUUGGUGCUGGUGAACGCCAUCUAUUUCAAAGGAUUUUGGAAGUCAAAGUUUGAUUCAAGAAAUACAAUCAUGGAACCUUUUCAUGUACCAGGCAAAACACAGCCAACUGAGGUCCCAAUGAUGUAUCAGGGCGACAAGUUCCCCUAUGGUUCCUAUAAAGAGGACUCUGUCGAGGUCCUAGAAAUGCCCUAUAAAGGUAAUGACAUCACAAUGGUGUUAGUGCUGCCUUCAGAAGGAACUCCACUAGAAACCGUGGAACAAGGCCUUUCCCUGGAGAAGCUAUCGGAGUGGCUUGGCCAAAUGCGGGAAAUUAAUUUGGAUGUCCACGUUCCCAGAUUCCGAAUGGAGGAUUCUAUCAGCCUAAAACAAAAUCUGGAGAAAAUGGGCCUGAAAGACUUGUUUGACCCAAAUGUUGCACGCCUGCCAGGAAUCAUUGCUGGUGGUAGAUCAGAUUUAUAUGUAUCGGACGCAUUCCAUAAAGCAUUUCUUGAGGUCAAUGAGGAAGGCAGUGAAGCAGCGGCCUCGUCAGCUGUCAUCAUAACAGGCCGCUCGUUCCCACUUAGACGGAUCAGUUUUAAAGCCAACAGACCCUUCUUGGUGUUCAUUCGAGAAGUCGCAAUCAACGCUAUUAUAUUCAUGGGCCGAGUAGCCAAUCCUGAAUCAGACUAAUGCUCAGUUCCAGCCAUCAUUGAAUGCACGUGGAAAGUCUGCUCU